CAGAACAGCAAUUCCCACUGAGCAAUGAGACGGGAGGUAGAAAGGGGUCUAAAGGCAAGGAAAGAAAACUAAAGAAAAAUCUUUACCUGCUGGCACAGGUGAGAAAAAACAGCCCUAAGAACCAUGCAGUUUUCCAGUUUCACGAAGGCACCAGAUGAGACUUUUGACUAUUUGUUCAAGAUCAUCCUCAUUGGAGACUCGAAUGUGGGAAAGACAUGCGUGGUGCAACACUUUAAAUCUGGGCUCUAUACAGACACACAGCAGAACACAAUUGGUGUGGACUUCACAGUACGCUCUCUUGAGAUAGAUGGGAAAAAAGUGAAGAUGCAGGUAUGGGACACUGCUGGCCAGGAACGAUUCCGGACAAUCACCCAGAGCUACUAUAGAAGUGCGAAUGCUGCCAUCAUUGCCUAUGAUUUGACAAGGCGAUCCACUUUUGAAUCUGUUCCUCAUUGGAUCCAUGAAAUAGAAAAAUACGGAGCGGCAAAUUUGGUCAUAAUGCUUAUUGGGAACAAGGCUGACCUAUGGGAUAAACGUCAUGUUCUUUUUGAAGAUGCUUGCACCCUGGCAGAAAAAUAUGGCCUUCUCGCAGUUUUGGAGACUUCAGCUAAAGAGUCCAAGAACAUUGAGGAAGUGUUCAUGCUAAUGGCAAGGGAGCUGAUUGCCCGGAAUGAAUUGAACUUUUAUGGGGAGGGUCCACAGAACAAUGUCGUCUUGGAUUCUAGUCCAAUUCUCAUCACUUCAAGUCCAAGUUCAAAGAACAACUGCAAUUGUUAAAAGCGGGGAGGGAGAAAGGGGGAGGCAGAGUGUGCUGUUAGAGAGGCAAUCUCUGAAACCCAAAUUAGUCAGAAAUCCGGCUGUCCAAUGUGUUAGGUUUUAGACCUUGCAAUGGCUGUUCUAUUAUUCCCUUUCAAUUCCCCAGGCUUUCUUCCAGCAUGUAUAGUUGCUACUUUUGUCCUCCUGUAUCAACAAAGAAACCUCUCGAGGCCAUAUCCACUGACUGAAGGAAGUUCGAUUUAAUAUAAGUAUUUAUUGUAUGUCUACUAUGUGCCAGGCACGGUUCUAGGUGCUGGGAAUACCAAGACAAAAAUGAAAUAGGUUCUGCCUUCAAGAUGUUUACAUUCUACCACGAAAGGCUUCUUUUUAAAGGCAGUACUUAAGAGGAGUUUUGAAGGAAAUUAAGGAGUCUAGGGGGCAGAAGUAAGAAGAGAGUGUCUCCUAGAGACAAGCCACCUUUUUCCUUAGUCUUACUAUUAAAAUGAAGUUUAGCGUUGGGGGUAGGAGGGAUGGAUAAUGGUUCCCCGUCAUUAGCCCUGGUAAAAUCCUAGAUCUAGCUUUUGGCCACAGUGUUUUCCUUAAGUGUUGAAGAAAAGGAGGGGCCUACAAGUUGGGAGGAAAGUAGAACAGAAUAUCAAGAAAAAGGAAAGGCUGGAAAGCAUACUUUAGAGUGGCUUGUAUCCACUCACAAGUUGGGUUUGGUGUGGUUUUAAAAAAAAAAAUUUGGAGGGGAGUGGGGAAUUUGAGUAUAGUAAAGUUAAAGACAUCAAAUAGCAUAACCUUGCUUCACAUUUUUUUUCUUCAUACCCAUCUAAUUCAAGAAAUGAUAAAACCAUCAGUACCUGACCUCUGGAAUUGAAGCUUUCUUAGCAUAUUUAAUUAGUUUACUAAUGAAUUAAUUUAGUUAGUUUCAUUUCAUUGGGCUUUUUUCUGUUUAUAUCAAUGUGGUAGUUGUUUUCCUGAUCUUGCUUACUUCAGUCUUCUUCAUUUCAUAGGUUUUCUCAUCAUUUUUCAGUCUUCUUAUGGGCCAGUAAUGUUCCACUACACUGAGGUACCACAACUUGAUUAGCCAUACUCCAAUCCAUGGCACCUGCCAUAUUUCCAGGUUUAUUUUGCUCCCAGAAAAAAGUACUACUGUGAAUAUUUUUGUAUAUCUAUGACUUUUCUGUCCUCCUUUGAGCUCUUUGGUGUUGGUAUAUUCCCAGCAAUGGGAUCUUUGGGUCAAAGAGUAUAAACAUUUUUUAAAAAAAACACAA